GAAAACUUUCCAACUAAACACCGAUAAGACUUCAUACAACUCACAAUACUCUAUAUUGUAAUCAUCACAACAACCAAGGCUAUCCAAAAGAAGAGAGUGACUGAGCUCACAUUUGACUGUCAGCUUUUUACCUUUCUCUUCACCAUUUAAAACUUGAGACUUCCUGUUUUCCUGGGGUCAUGGAGAAAGUCCAAUACCUCACUCGCUCUGCGAUAAGAAGAGCUUCAACCAUUGAAAUGCCUCAACAAGCACGUCAAAAUCUCCAGAACCUAUUUAUAAAUUUCUGUCUCAUUUUAAUAUGUCUCUUGUUGAUCUGCAUCAUUGUGAUGCUUCUCUGAAGUUCUGCUGCAAUCUCCAGUGAUGCAACUUGUGACCAUCAGCUUAAAAUCUGUCAUCCCAUGAAGAAGGGAAAAAAAUACUACAUAACAGACCACUUCCUAAGUAGAAGAAUUUCUUUGUGAAAAGGUCAAGAUUCAGGACAAAACUAAUUGUUAGCAAAUAUAUUCAUCUGCGGGAUCUUAUAAAUAUGAAAAGAGCUUUAUUUUCAAAAAUUAACUUCAAAAUGACUGUAAGUGUGCAUAAUGUAACUUGAAUUCAGAAAUUUACAGAGCUUGUAAGUUUCUAUCCCAAAUCUUUUCUGAGGAUGAUGUAGGCUUUAGUUUUGAAACUGCACUGCUAACCAGUUCACUUCACGUAUAAAGCAUUAGCUUCACUAUUUGGGGUAAAUGUAAUUUAUAUUGUACUGUAAAAGCCUCCGUGAUGUUUAUUAAAUAUUUUUCAGGUCUUCACCAAGUACCAAAAUAAUCAUUCAAAUGAAAAAAAAAAAAUUAAAAAAAAAAUAAUAAUCAUUCAAAUGAACAGUCAUCAUUUGAAAUAGCCUACUGAUUCCUCACAUCUGUUAUCUUUAUUAUUAUCAUUCAGAACUCUUUGUAGUAACUCACAUAACCUACAUUUUAAAAUAGAAAUUGUAUUCUUUCUCUGUACUACACUAACAUUUUUUUAAAGUUUAAGAGAACCAAAUAAGAAAAAGUAAGGCCAUACUCUUAUAUAAAUAAAAUUUCUCUUAACUAAUUUUUUCAAAGAAUUACAGAAUGCUAGUAUAUGAAGGCAAACCAUAAAUGUGUUCUCUGUAGUACAUUAUGAUCAGUAGACAAGAACUACUGGUUAAUUUAACAGGUGACAAUAUGAUUAGCCAUAAUUACUAAUACACUAGUAGAACAGAGUCUAACCUAACUUAAAGCGCUGUAGUUGAUCAUCUAAGUAGAUAACCUACCACACUAUGUCUUUGAAAUCAUGAAAUCUUAAGACUUUAGAAUGAUUUUAUAGAUUGUCGUCUAUUCUUAACCUCAUCCUCAAUAUAGGCAAGGAGAAGAAUUUCAAAAAUAAUAAAAAGAAAAUAUGCCCUUUCAAGCAUUAAAAAAAAUAAAAUUGGGGGCUCCCCAAAAUUAAUUCUUUGAUCACAUUUUGACAGGAACUUUUUGUCCUACGGUUUAUAAGAGGACAUAGCUAUUUUCCUUAAUCUGUCAACCAAAUGGUCAAUACCUACUUGGUAGGCCAUUCUAUCAUGCUAAAUUAUAAACCCAGCAAAGUUAAUCUACAAUUAUUUUCUUGCUGAAUAUAUUUUCAAUUUCCCCUCUGAUCACUUAAAAAUAUCUUCCAACUCAUAAUAGAAGUAAAACUUGGUACCGGAAAAUACAUUCACCAAAAUUUGUUAAUUUAACUUGAUUCAGUUUAGAAUUAGGCCUAAAGUGGUUUAUACCUAUACUGCAUAGUCCAAUAAUUUUAACUUCAAUUCAAGACAUAUUACUAAUACAGCAGUUACUAAAAGAGUAGAGGACACAUAAUUUACUGUAUGAUUUGCUAAAAUGUGGUUACUAAAAGAAUUUGAAAAGUCAGUACUGAUCUUGGUUUAUAGCACAAGUGUGGCUAACAGAUUAGUAAAGGAGACACUGCUUUUAAUUUUUUCUGGGUACCUGACAGGUACCGGAGAUGGGAAAGGGGAUAGUUUUGAUUCACUGAUAUUUGAGGAACAGAGGAAAAAGGAUUUCAUACUGACAGGGAGAUUUCAGCAAAGCCUCAUCUAUGGGUUGGAGAUCCCUAAUAUCAACUAGAAAGCUUAUAAAUAAUAAGCAAUACAUUCACAUCACUGGUCUCAGUAAUUACUUGUGAAAAAAGUACCAAGUUCUAUAAUUAGCUGCACUGAUGUUAAUAUGUGGGAAACUUGAAAUGCUAAAUUCCGUUCCUUUCAUUGUAUUGUUCAUUAUUACAACAUAGACAUCAAACUAUAAAAUGUGAAGUUAUGGGGUAUUUCCCUAAGUAAAUAGAAAUAAGUUUUUUGUUUUUUUCAUGCUGACUUUAAUAGAAAUUAAAACCUUUUUCUUGAGGAUUACAGAAUACUGUAACUCAUUAUAAUGUAGAACAAAACCUAUUCUUCAAAUGGAAUUUAUUUAUUCUGUUUAUCAUGAUAUGUAAAGAGUAAGAUAUAAUAAAACAAUGUAUUUAAAAUUUUUAAAUACCAAAUGUUCUUUCUACUGUAGAAUAAAUUUUAAUCUUAAUUUACAGAGUACUAAAAAUGAACUAAUUUUUAAAUGUUUAAUGUUGCCCUUUAUAUUUUAGUUGGUUCAAAAUGUUUAUUUAAUGCAAAUCACCUAUAUUAAAAAGAACCUUCUUGAA